CAUCGCUACACAGCAUAAUCACACAAAAUCACAAAGCUUCUUCCUUCCACCGCAUCUCUAUUAUCUCCAUAUAAACAUUUCUCAUAUUUAGAAUUUCCUUCAUUUUACUUUUAAUAUAAUGAGUAUUUUCAUUUCACCGAUGAUGGCAGUGAUCGGCACCGGAGGAAAAAAAGAGUCUAAGAAUGCGGUGCCGGUGCCGGAGUCGGAACUGAAGAGAAGAAACGAUCAGCUUGAGAAGGAGUUGAAGGAAAGUAAGGAGAGAGAAGAGCAAAUGAGACGGCAGUUACAGAGCGCGUGGGAGAGGCUGCGCGUGGCGGAAGAAGCGGAGGAGAGGUUAUGCUCACAGCUCGGAGAGCUGGAAGCAGAAGCUGUUUAUCAAGCGCGUGAUUAUCACGAUCGUAUUGUUUCUCUUAUGGACCAGCUCUCACGCGCGCAGAGUCUUCUUCAUAUUGCUUCUUCCAACUCGUUGUUGUGAUUGUUAUUCUAAUUACAUAUGUAAUGUAAUGUAAAAUGUAUAUGUAUAAUUUAUGAUUUUUGUUUAUUUUGAUGAUUGAAGAUCUAUAUUAGCGUGGAUCCAAUCCAAUCGUGUGUUCUGUUGUUGUAACAUUUUUGUUUGAUUGGUUAAGUUGAUUAUAAUUCGUAGGUUUGGUUGAAUGGGAAUGGUUUUGGAAUUUCAAAGACUUUAGUUUGGUUUCUCA